AUGGGAUGUACGCUGAGCGCGGAGGAGCGAGCCGCUCUGGACCGGAGCAAGGCCAUCGAGAAGAACCUGAAGGAGGACGGGUUGGUGGCCGCCAAGGACGUCAAGCUGCUUUUACUCGGCGGAGGGGAGUCCGGCAAAAGCACUAUCGUCAAACAAAUGAAGAUUAUCCAUGAAGAUGGCUUCUCCGGGGAUGACGUGAAGCAGUAUAAGCCCGUGGUCUACAGCAACACCAUCCAGAGCUUGGCAGCCAUCCUGCGAGCCAUGGACUCGCUGGGAAUCGAGUUUGGAGACAAAGAUCGAAAAGCGGAUGCCAAGCUGGUGUGCGACGUUGUGAGUCGCAUGGAGGACACAGAGCCGUACUCUGCGGAGCUCCUCAGCGCCAUGAAGCGUGUUUGGGCCGACGCCGGGACUCAAGAGUGCUUCAACCGGGCCCGCGAAUACCAGCUCAACGACUCGGCCCAAUAUUACCUAGAUAGCUUAGACCGAAUUGGAGCAGCUGACUACCAGCCCACAGAACAGGACAUCCUGAGAACCCGAGUGAAGACCACUGGCAUUGUGGAAACUCAUUUCACCUUCAAAAACCUCCAUUUCAGGCUCUUUGACGUGGGAGGUCAGAGGUCAGAGAGGAAGAAGUGGAUCCAUUGCUUUGAAGAUGUGACCGCCAUCAUCUUCUGCGUGGCCCUGAGUGGUUACGACCAGGUGCUCCACGAGGACGAAACUACUAACCGCAUGCACGAAUCCCUCAUGCUGUUCGACUCGAUCUGCAACAACAAGUUCUUCAUCGACACCUCCAUUAUCCUCUUCCUCAACAAGAAGGACCUCUUUGCGGAGAAGAUCAAGAAGUCACCGCUGACUAUCUGUUUCCCCGAAUACACAGGUGCUAACACUUACGAUGACGCCACCGCGUACAUUCAGGUUCAGUUCGAGAGUAAGAACCGCUCUCCUAAUAAGGAGAUCUACUGUCACCUGACCUGCGCCACGGACACGGGAAACAUCCAGGUGGUGUUCGACGCCGUCACCGACAUCAUUAUCGCAAACAACCUGAGAGGAUGCGGCUUAUACUGA